UUUGAUUGGUUAAUGUCAAGGAACUGUCAAAAUGAAAGCACACUGAACACUGACUUGUAAAAAUGUUUCGUAAAAGACACCGAUUACUCCUUCUUAUAGGCACUAUAUGGAUAUGUGGAAUCCUUUACUUUCUUCUUAAGUCAUCAACAAAUUCGGAAGUUGAAGAAGAAAGACGUUACCAUAAAAAUUAUCUUCCACAAGAAAUAGUACAUGAGGUUGUAAACAAUGAUAACCUGAAAUUUCAGCCACAUCAAAAUAUCCAUGAAAAUGAACCACAAAAGCAUAUUAAAGUAGUCCCAACAAAAUACCCUAAGCCAUCAAAAAUACAUGUACCAGAGAACCAUGUAGGUGACUGGGAACAGGUGAAGAAAGUGAAUGCUGUGGUCGACAAGGACAGUGAGAGUAAUGACAUUCCAUGGGAAGAAUUUCCGGAGAAUGUUUACAUAAAUAAAAAAGCUUUAAAACCUGGUGAAGAUCCGUAUGGUCGUAACAAGUUUAAUCAACAAGCUAGUGACAAUACCAAAAGUAAUCGAGAUGUUCCAGAUACAAGACAUGCACAAUGCAGAUCUAAACAUUGGACAGUUGACCUACCAUCAACUACAGUCAUUAUAACAUUUCAUAAUGAAGCAAGAUCUGCUCUACUUAGAACCAUCAUCAGUGUGUUCAGAAAAAGUCCAGCUCAUUUGAUAGAAGAAAUUAUUCUUGUUGACGACUUUAGUGAUGAUCCUUCUGAUGGUGAAGAGCUAGCCAGAAUGAAGAAGGUGAAACUGAUACGUAACAACAAGAGGGAGGGAUUAAUGAGGUCAAGGGUCAAAGGUGCUGAUGCUGCUAAAGCUCCGGUGCUGACCUUCCUUGACAGCCACUGUGAAUGUAACACAAACUGGCUCGAACCUUUACUUCUAGAAGUUCAACAGGACAAGAAGAAGGUUGUGAGUCCUAUAAUUGAUGUAAUUAACAUGGACAACUUUGAAUACAUUGGUGCUUCAGCUGAUCUAAAAGGAGGUUUUGACUGGAAUUUGGUGUUUAAAUGGGAUUACAUGACAAGUGAAGAAAGAAAUAAGAGAGCUUCAAAUGUUAUAGCUCCUAUUAUGACGCCAAUGAUUGCCGGAGGUUUGUUUACUAUAGAUAAAAGUUGGUUUGAAGAACUUGGCAAGUAUGAUAUGAAAAUGGAUGUGUGGGGUGGUGAAAAUUUAGAAAUAUCAUUCCGGGUGUGGCAAUGUCACGGAACAUUGGAGAUAAUUCCAUGUAGCAGGGUGGGUCAUGUGUUUAGAAAACAGCAUCCAUACACAUUCCCUGGUGGAAGUGGAAAUGUCUUUGCAAGAAAUACAAGGAGAGCAGCUGAAGUGUGGAUGGAUGAAUACAAGGAAUUUUAUUAUGCAGCAGUGCCGUCUGCUAAAAUAGUAGACACAGGAGAUAUAUCGGAGAGACUGGCAUUACGUAAACGUUUGAAGUGUAAACCAUUCAGCUGGUAUCUGGAGAAUGUUUAUCCAGAGCUGAAUGCUAACUUACCAGCGAUUGAAGGAGAUGAAGAAAGAGUACCAGACAAGGGGGACCAGGCAUUUGGAAGCAUUAUACAGGGAACCAUGUGUAUGGACACUAUGGGAGGAUUUGCCGAUGCUAUACUGGGAAUGUUCCAGUGUCACAAUACAGGAGGAAAUCAGGAGUUUUCCAUGACAAAGACUGGAGAAAUACGUCACCUUGACCUUUGUUUAACAUUAACAAGUACUGAUCCAGGAGAAGUUGUGAAACUGUUCCAGUGUACACCAGAUAAUACUAAUCAGCAAUGGGAACGUAUAGAGAGUGGUACAAUGUUACGUAGCAAGUAUCAGGGUGUAUGUAUAGACAGUGCUGAAACUCAGAGACGAGGUCUGGUAGCAAACACCUGUGAUUUUAAUUCUCCCAGUCAAAAAUGGACAUUUACAGCAUCGGCAUGAUCACCUUAGUUUGAUGUACACAGGAAGAUUGUCCCAGUGAUUUUAGCUGCCAGGUGAUGAAAUAUUACAUACUAUAUGAUAAAUACAAUAUGUAUACAUCUACUGAAGGUGAUCAGGGUAGGUGUAAAUCAUAACAUCAGGACAGUAUUGUCUCAAAGGGAUUCCUCCUUUAUGUUAUAAACUUAGAUGUUUAAUAAUGGUGGACUGGAUCUCAGUAUAAUACUUCAGAUGCCUGGUUUAGAUAGACUGUGUUGUUUUUUUAUGAAGUAGACUGUGUGCUGUAUAUUAUUUCUCAUUGGUGGUGGGAAACUGUGAUUUACCACAAGAUGUAGUUAUGGUGCUAAUUUACAUUGAAAUAUCUCAUUUCACACAUGAUGAAAUUAUACCUUUAAUAGCAUUGGCAAUAAACUGCUCAACCAUUUGCUAGAAAGUAAAAGUGGAAAUUUAGUAAUUAUUUCUGGAGAAGAAUGAUUUUUAACUCUUACUCAUUAAUUUUUUAAC